AUGGGGGAGUCGGGCGCGACCGUGGCCUUAACUCGCAGGAGAAGGGCAACUUUGGCAGCGGUUAAAGGUGCGGAUCUGCUGCCGGUGAACGGGAGGUCUGCAGCGGCGCGUCAAGGCUCAGUGAGCACGGGCACUACCAGAGACAAUGACCAGUCAAAACAAAAUCGUUCACUGGAGACAAUCCGGUUUAAAUCAAAGACUGAGAAAGAGAAACGCAAGAAUGACUUACAGGCACGACUGAGCUGUCAUAAGACCCAGGAGUCUCUGCUGAGUUCCGCCAGUGGAUACAGUAACUACAGAGGAAUCCUCAACUGGUGUGUGGUCAUGCUGGUGUUGAGUAAUGCUCGUCUCUUCUUAGAAAACCUGUUAAGGUACGGUGUGCUGGUGGACCCUAUUCAGGUGAUUUCCUUGUUUCUGAAUGAUUCCUACAGCUGGCCUGCCUGCCUGGUGAUUGUUUCCAACAUGUUCAUUCUGGUGGCUCUCUACACGGAAAGGCAGCUGUCGAAGGGUUCAUUCACUGAACUUGUGGGAUUUCUGGUCCAUUGCAUUAACAUGGCAAUCAUGCUAACAUUCCCUGCUGCAGUGGUCCUAUUGGUCCCCUCCAUGACCCCAGUUGGCGGUGCAUUUGUUCUUGGUACUUACACCAUCCUCUUCCUAAAGCUUUACUCUUAUAAGGACGUCAACAUGUGGUGCAGAGAGCAGAGCACUGUCAAGGCCAAGACACUGGCCAGGUCGCUGUCUUGUCCCUCAGCGCAACACGUCAACGGAGGUGACCGUAAGGUAUUUUACCCUGGCAACCUCACAAUCAGAGACAUAUACUACUUUGUCUCUGCUCCAACUCUGUGCUACGAGCUCAACUUCCCUCGAUCUCCUAAUAUUCGCAUAGGUUUCCUGCUGAGGCGACUGCUUGAGAUGCUGUUCUUCACCCAACUGUUAGUUGCUCUCACUCAACAGUGGAUGAUUCCCAUCAUUCAAAGUUCCAUGAAACCGCUAGAGGACAUGGAUCUGUCCAGGAUGACUGAGAGACUUCUAAGAUUAGCUGUUCCUAAUCACUUGCUGUGGCUGAUGUUUUUCUACGUGUUCUUCCACUCGUCAAUGAACUUCACAGCUGAGCUGCUGCUCUUUGGAGACAGAGAGUUUUACAAGGACUGGUGGAACUCUGAGACAGUGACAUAUUUCUGGCAGAACUGGAACAUCCCUGUACACAAGUGGUGUCUACGCCACUUUUACAGGCCACUGUUAAGGAGAGGAUUUAGUAAAAUGGUCAGCCAAUCAGCUGUCUUCUUCUUGUCAGCUUUCUUCCAUGAGUACUUGGUCAGUGUUCCUCUCAGGAUGUUCAGACUUUGGGCCUUCAUGGGCAUGAUGGCACAGCUUCCAUUAGCCUGGUUUGUUGGUCGCUUCCUGCGCGGUAACUACAGCAACGCUGCAGUGUGGAUGUCAAUUAUCAUUGGUCAGCCAUUCGCCAUCCUGAUGUACGUCCACGACUACUAUGUACUGCAUUACAGACAGGAGGCUACCUGAUGCACACACAC